UUCAUCUUCUGUUUAAUCCUUCAAACAAAGAUACCAACGGACGACAAAACACACAGAGCUUUCGAUAUGGGGAAGAAAUCAAUUCUUUUGAUGGCUUUUCUUCUCGUUUGCAUCUCCAUUCAACCCGCCAUUGUUCGAGCUGCCGACGACGAUAAGGAGGAGAAACCAAAGCCUAAACCCACCGAAGCCGAUGCCACUAACUACGAUGUUUUGUCACCGGAACCUGAAACAGGAAGACAACGAGCUUUUUGUAAAUCGCAAGGAGAUUGUUACUACAAAACACUCACUUGUCCAGCUGAAUGUCCAGAGAGAAAGCCCAAGAAGAACAAGAAGCAAAAAGGGUGCUUCAUCCAUUGUGGUAGCAAAUGUGAAGCUACUUGCAAAUGGAGAAGAGGAAAAUGUAAUGGGUAUGGCUCUUUAUGUUAUGAUCCAAGGUUUGUUGGUGGUGAUGGAGUUAUGUUCUACUUCCAUGGCGGUAAAGGCCGUGACUUCGCUCUCGUCUCCGACACCAACCUCCAAAUCAACGCCCACUUCAUCGGAAACCGCCCCACCGGAAGAACACGUGACUAUACAUGGGUCCAAUCUUUAGCAGUCAUGUUCGACACCCACACCCUAAUCAUUGCAGCCAAGAAGGUACAAAAAUGGGACGACUCCGUUGACGUACUUCUCGUGAAAUACGACGGCCAAGAAGUCACCGUCCCAUUCGACGGAGAAGCGGAAUGGAAAACGAUCACCGAAGAAAGAGAAGUGGUGGUUGAAAGAACCGACGACACCAACACCGUGAGAGUUACCAUUGGUGGGUUGGUGGAGAUCGACAUGAAGGCUGUUCCUAUAACUAAAGAAGAUGAUAAAGCUCAUAAUUACCAGAUACCAUCAAAUGACGCAUUUGCCCACUUCGAGACACAGUUCAGGUUCUCGAAUCUUUCGGAGGAAGUGGAGGGUAUUUUGGGGAAAACUUACCGGCCGGGGUAUGUGAGUCCGGUGAAGAGAGGGGUGGCGAUGCCGAUGAUGGGUGGAGAAGAUAAGUACGAAACUAAAUCCUUAACUUCAACUCUUUGCAAAACCUGCAUCUUCCAGAAACAACCUGCAACUGGUUUGGCCGCCGACUUCUAAUUUAGAAGGUUCCAUCGUACGUACCAAAUAGAGUGAUAAUUUCAUGCACCUGUUCUUGAUUAAAAU